AAAUCAUGAGUGAUAGGAAAGCCGUCAUCAAGAAUGCCGACAUGCCUGAAGACAUGCAGCAAGAUUCUGUUGACUGCGCAACACAAGCUCUAGAAAAGUACAACAUCGAGAAGGACAUUGCUGCCUACAUCAAGAAAGAGUUUGACAAAAAGUACAACCCAACCUGGCAUUGCAUUGUUGGACGCAACUUCGGGAGCUAUGUAACACACGAAACCAAGCAUUUCAUUUACUUCUACCUCGGACAGGUCGCCAUUCUGCUCUUCAAAUCCGGAUAAAUUAUCAUGUAACAUCUAAGGCGAAACAAUCUCUUCUGCUGACAACCGCAUCCAGUUUGCAAUAGAUGGACAAAAUGGUGUCUCCGAACCUGAAGUAAUUGGUUUUCAAACUUUACAUACCUAUCAUCAUUGACGUUGACAAAUAGAACGCGCCAAAUUCAUUCUCGGGUAUCCGUACUACUCUAACAAAAGACGCCAAGACAAAUAAUCGAAGCAUUGACUGAUUGUCCGGUGAAAACCAAAUACAACCAUGUUUUAUGAUAAGAUAUGGUAACUUACAUUUUUUAUUGUAUUUUAUAUAUGUUUAUUUACAUAAAUUGUUGACAAUAUAAUAUAUUUCUUCUUACAUUU